CCUUCGUUUUAAAUAAGGGGAGGUCUCGGUUUCGCCGGUCUCGGGUGCCUUCAUGGCUGCCAUAUUGGAAAGGAAGUGAGUGCUGGAGGUAGCGGUAGAGUAGGGGCGGAAAAGCCCUUCAUUCCUAGUGCGGUGGAGGACGUAGUUAUUUCCCUUGACCAAGGAAAAGAUAAUUCGGCAGUGGAUUCAGGAGCUGAGCGGCAGGGGAGCUUGACAGGCAGCAUCCCAGAGGGAAAAACGGUGGCUGAAGCGGGCGGCGGCGGCGGCUUUGGCCUAAAAUGGCGGACCCGGCGGAGUGCAACAUCAAAGUGAUGUGUCGCUUCAGACCCCUCAACGAUUCGGAAGUGAUUCGAGGCGACAAGUAUAUUGCCAAGUUCCAGGGCGAAGAUACCGUCGUGAUCGCGACUAGGCCUUAUGCAUUUGAUCAUGUAUUCCAGUCACACACAUCCCAAGAACAAGUAUAUAAUGAUUGUGCUAAAAAGAUUGUUAAAGAUGUACUUGAAGGAUACAAUGGUACAAUAUUUGCUUAUGGACAAACAUCGUCUGGGAAAACUCACACUAUGGAGGGGAAGUUGCAUGAUCCAGAUGGAAUGGGGAUUAUUCCAAGAAUAGUGCAAGAUAUAUUUAAUUAUAUUUAUUCCAUGGAUGAAAAUUUGGAAUUUCAUAUUAAGGUAUCAUAUUUUGAAAUUUAUUUGGAUAAAAUAAGGGACCUUUUAGAUGUCUCAAAGACCAAUCUUUCUGUUCAUGAGGACAAAAACCGAGUACCUUAUGUGAAAGGCUGCACUGAACGGUUUGUAUGUAGUCCAGACGAAGUUAUGGAUACUAUAGAUGAAGGAAAAUCAAACAGGCAUGUAGCAGUUACAAAUAUGAAUGAACAUAGCUCUCGAAGUCAUAGCAUCUUUCUCAUUAAUGUAAAGCAAGAAAACACUCAAACAGAGCAGAAAUUGAGUGGGAAACUUUAUCUUGUAGACUUGGCAGGUAGUGAAAAGGUUAGUAAAACUGGAGCAGAAGGUGCAGUAUUGGAUGAGGCUAAAAAUAUCAACAAAUCUCUAUCAGCUCUUGGAAAUGUCAUUUCUGCUUUAGCUGAAAAUAGUACAUAUGUUCCAUAUCGAGAUAGUAAAAUGACCAGAAUUUUACAAGAUUCCUUAGGAGGCAAUUGUAGAACCACAAUUGUUAUUUGCUGCUCCCCAUCAUCUUACAAUGAAUCUGAAACAAAAUCUACACUGUUAUUUGGUCAGAGAGCCAAGACUAUCAAGAAUACAGUGUGUGUUAACGUAGAAUUAACUGCAGAACAGUGGAAGAAAAAAUAUGAAAAAGAAAAGGAGAAAAACAAAACACUACGUAACACUAUCCAGUGGCUUGAAAAUGAGCUCAGUAGAUGGCGCAAUGGAGAGACUGUACCACUUGAGGAACAGUUUGACAAAGAAAAGGCUAAUUUGGAAGCAUUUGCUGUGGAUAAAGAUACUACGAUUAUUAAUGAUACCCCAACUCCUACUAUUGGAGUGAUUGGCAAUUUUACUGAUGCUGAAAGGAGAAAGUGUGAAGAAGAAAUGGCUAAAGUGUAUAAACAGUUAGAUGACAAGGAUGAAGAAAUUAAUCAACAAAGCCAAUUAGUGGAAAAACUAAAAACACAGAUGUUGGAUCAGGAAGAGCUUCUAGCAUCCACCAGACGGGACCAAGACAAUAUGCAAGCUGAACUGAAUCGCCUUCAGGCUGAAAAUGAUGCUUCUAAAGAAGAGGUAAAAGAGGUUCUCCAGGCCCUUGAGGAACUUGCUGUCAACUAUGAUCAAAAGUCACAAGAAGUUGAAGACAAGGCAAAGGAGUAUGAAAUACUAAGUGAGGAAUUGAAUCAGAAAUCGAUAACAUUAGCUAGUAUAGAUGGAGAACUUCAAAAACUUAAAGAAAUGACUAAUCAUCAGAAAAAACGUGCAACUGAAAUGAUGGCAUCUCUUUUAAAAGAUCUUGCAGAAAUAGGAAUUGCAGUUGGAAACAACGAUGUAAAGCAGCCAGAAGGAACUGGUAUGAUAGAUGAGGAAUUCACAGUUGCAAGACUCUACAUCAGUAAAAUGAAAUCUGAAGUAAAGACUAUGGUAAAACGAUGUAAGCAGUUAGAAAGUACACAGAUAGAAAGCAAUAAAAAAAUGGAAGAAAAUGAAAAGGAACUAGCAGCCUGUCAGCUUCGUAUUUCACAGCACGAAGCCAAGAUCAAAUCACUUACAGAAUAUCUUCAGAAUGUGGAACAGAAGAAAAGACAGCUUGAAGAGUCUGUGGAUUCUCUUAAUGAUGAGCUAGUUGAGCUCCACGCCCAAAGAAAAGUUCAUGAAAUGGAAAAGGAACAUCUGAACAAAGUUCAGACUGCAAAUGAGGCCAAGCAAGCAGUUGAGCAGCAAAUCCAAAGUCACCGUGAGACUCAUCAGAAGCAGAUUAGCAGCUUGAGAGAUGAAAUUGAGACAAAAGAAAAAUUAAUAACUGAUUUGCAAGAUCAAAAUCAGAAGAUAAUACUAGAGCAGGAACGACUCAGAAUUGAACAUGAUAAGCUGAAAACUGUGGAUCAGGAAAAAAGCAAGAAAUUGCAUGAACUUACUGUUAUGCAAGAUAGAAGAGAGCAAGCAAGGCAAGAUCUAAAAGGUUUAGAAGAGACUGUGGCCAAAGAACUUCAGACUCUGCAUAAUCUCAGAAAACUCUUUGUUCAAGAUUUGGCCACCAGAGUUAAGAAGAGUGCAGAGAUUGAUUCAGAUGAUACUGGUGGGAGUGCUGCUCAGAAACAGAAGAUUUCUUUCCUAGAGAACAAUCUUGAACAGCUCACAAAAGUCCACAAACAGUUGGUACGUGAUAAUGCAGAUCUUCGUUGUGAACUUCCGAAACUGGAGAAACGGCUUAGAGCUACAGCUGAAAGAGUUAAGGCUUUGGAAUCAGCAUUAAAAGAAGCAAAAGAAAAUGCUUCCCGAGAUCGUAAGCGAUACCAGCAAGAAGUAGAUCGAAUUAAAGAAGCAGUGAGAUCAAAGAACAUGAUCAGAAAGGCACAUUCAGCACAGAUUGCUAAGCCUAUUCGUCCUGGUCAACAUCCAGCUGCUUCUCCAACUCAUCCAAAUGCAAUUCGUGGUGGAACUGCUUUUACCCAAAAUAGUCAGCCAGUUGCUGUUCGUGGAGGUGGAGCUCGGCAAGAGAAAGCAUAAAUUUUGAUGAUCAAGAUGGUGAGAAGUACACACAACAUGAUCAGAAUUGGAUAUUGCGCAAUGAGAGUCAUUCCUUGAAAGUUAGAAAAUUGUAUAAAUUUGUACCAUCUGUACAGCUCUCCUCAUUUUUGGAUUUGGCUAAUUGAGUCCCAACAAAUUAGAAUUCUUUUUUCUUUUUUGGAAAAUUGACAUAAAGCUUAAAAUGUAGGUCUCAUUACAUGAUCUGUCAUUCACGUCUUAAAUUUAGUCUGCACUGUGCCAAGUUGAAUGUAUGUUAAGCAACAUCUUAAAAUUUCCUAGUUUAAUUUAUGUAUAUUUAAUGGUCUUAGGAAGUGUGGAGCUAUGUUGAAAUAAGUUUUAAACUUUACCACUUUAAUUACACUACUUGACCCACUCAUGAAUUAGAACAAUACUGUACAUUAAUUUUGCCUAUACGGCUGUACAUUAAUUUUGCCUAUGUGGCUGUAUAGAAACUAAGACUAAAAUUAUUUGUACAAUAUGAAAUUACUGAGAUGUGUUUAUGACGACUGUUGCCUUUAGGCACUGAAAUCUCAAAAACAUAGAACUAAGAAAGUGUUUUUGUAAGGCUAUGUAAUUGUUUAGUUAAAUAUCUCUUACUGGGUUAUUGAGUUAAUACUGGGUAUAGCAAGUAAUAAAUAUAGAUUGACAUGAAAAGAUUUGGCAAUGACUUCAAUUUGUCCUAUUCCUGACUAUACACAGAUUAGCAUGAUGAGAUGAAAACAUUCUGCUUCCUCUUGAUGAGCCUAUCAAUCAUCAGAGCUGUAUAAAUUUGGAGAAGAACUUGGGAAUUUAUUAUGCAUUUGUGUUUUUUACUGUAAUAAACUUUAUUCUACAAGUAAACGCUACAGUGUUCUAUAAAUGACAGUCUAGAGUAGCCUGUAAGCUACAAAUUUGGUUUAAAGUUUGAGAAUAAGAAUGGAUUCAUUAAUUUUCAGCAAACUGAAAAACAGGAGCAAAGUUAAUUGUUUAAAAAGUCCAGAAAUGUUAGAUGACUAUGGAAAUUGAGCUAUACUGAACUUUGACUGUAAUUAAUUUGUAAAUCUAGAUUUCUGUAAAUGUAUGUUUUCCAGACAUCUUCUCAGACAAAUUAAUUAGUGUUCUAUUUGUUUUUGCAAAAAGUCCCAAGUCCCUGGUGGUGUGUUUUUUUCAAAUGAGAGUUUUGCCCUUUAGAAUGACGCUUCAGGAAGUUCAAAUAAUGCCUUUGAUAGGGACUUCCUGCACGAUAAAUUCUAAAAGAGUUAGAAGUCUUUCUCAUAACAAUCGUAAGGUUUAUAGGAGUAGAAGAAUAAACUGCAGCAAUGGAGACGCUAAAUAACUGCUUUCUUGGAAUGCAUUUAUGCUAGUUUUGUAUCGUGUUAUAGUAAAUUCACAAGCACUUGGAGAUAAAGGUUUUCUGUAGAUUUUUAUGACUAACUUUUUUACAAAUUAAAGUAUUUGUAUUAUGAUGAAGCUUAAUAAUAGAAAAAUUAGGCUUUUUCCCAAUAACUUCUCAUUUGUGAUUUUUAAAAUAAUUUUUAGAGUCUGGACUUUUUUUUUAAUCACCAAGCUGUUGAAAGUUUUGGAAUUGAACUAACACAGUUCUGUGUUUAAAAUAAACCCUCUAGACAUAAAAUGAAAAGACCUCUGCAACGUAAGAGGGGACUUGUACAAAGGGAAAUGGAUAUUUAAGUAACGGUUCUUAGUGUUUUCAGUUGCAAUAGCCUAUGCCACUUUCUCAACAGUAACAUAUUGUUCUAAUCCCGAUUCAGUUUGCAUAGUUCAAAUUUGGUUUCUUGGCAGGAUAUUGAAAUGAAGCAGGAUAUUUUCUCAUGGUUGUUUAUGGUAGUUUCAUUUCUGUAAGUAAUGUAUCACGGGUUUUGGUGCUGAUAUGGCUGUGUAAAUUAAAUAAACUGUACCUAGCAUGUA